AUGGCCGACGUCGUGUCGUUCAACGACUACGAGAAGCUCGACCUGAUCAGUAAGAAGCCGAACUCUUGGACGCCGCUCGCAGACCCAGACCCCGUCGCACUCUUCAUUGAGACCUUGCCCGGCCACACCGUGAGCCUGCGCGACGAGAAGACGAGGAACCAAUUCAACUUGGACUGGGUCUUCCGGCUCAUGAGUUUCAUCGAGUUCAAGCUCGAGGAGGAGCGCGCCGACAUCAAGGAGCAGUCGGCCAACGUCGUCAUCAAUACGUCCGAGAGGAAGGUUGUGCCCGCCGACUCUAGCACCACGCCGGACGCAGCCAAGGCGAAGCCAAGGCUUCGGCUAGGCCCGCCGACGCCGCCGACGCUGCAUCCAACGACUCUUUUAUGCACGCAGAUUGGGAAGCUGAUCGUCACUACUGAUGAGCUCGACGAGUCGAAGUUGGCGAACUGCGAAGGCACGGAGAUUGAUGUCACGCCGAACGUCUGCACUUUCGUCGUGCCUAUCUACGCGAGCGGCCAUGGAUGCAAUAACAUAUUGGGCCAACGUGUCGUUCCAGCCCGGCGCGUGAAGCCGAAAGACGACAACUACACCAUGGACAUCGCGCCGACGAAGGUGAAGGUGGAUAUUCCCGAGAGCCUCCGUCUCGGACCUACGGCGGCGAAGCACAUCGAUGUGUCCGUCAGUCUUCUUCGCGGCCUGCCCGAGAAGGACCUGCCCCAGGGGCAGCUCACGCCGCAGGGCAUCCUGCUGACCCGCCCCAGCUUCGCCGACGAGGUUCUGAAGUCGGAGAAGAAGUCGAACGCCAAGGCCAUCGAGAAGCUGACCGAUGAAUUCUUGAGCUUCAUGGGGGUCGGGGCCGCAGCGGACCAGAUGAACCGCAAGUCGAAGGCGAGUGCUGCGAAGGCAGCGCGCGGCUCCGGCGAUGCCAGUGGCGAUGAGGAGGAUGAGGGCGGGGAAGUCGAGAGCUCCGCAGCAGCAAAGACUGCAGUCAAGAAUCUCACGCGCUAG